AUGGCUAUUAUUGCCCGCACCCAAGCGCUCAAAUGUUACUCAGAAAAGAUCAUGCUUUCGCUUGUUAGGUUGCUGAUGCUGAUGCUCCUCCUAUCGCAAGUUAUGGUGGGGGCACAAAAUAUAGUUUGCACCUACGCUAAAAAACAAAAUGCUAAGUUAUUCUGCACUGUGGAAUGCAAAGCAAAAAAAAAGUGCGGAGGCGACUGCAACAAAGACGGGUUUUGUGAAUGUAGCAACUGUCCAUGA